GCAGAAGAUGUCGCACAAAUCGGCCUGUCAGUGCAAACAAGAAAACCCAGUGCUUGAGGUUGCAUGUAGACACUGCCUUGCGAAGUUCCAAACUUCGGUCACGGUCAGGGACCGAAUCAAAGUUAACGUUCUUCUCGAUCGGAUCAAUCGUCCUAGAUAUCUAAACGCUCGUUUUACAAAGUUGGUUAACCAGGCUCUUGGCAACAUAUACUGUAAACUAUUUGUAACUUGGAAGAGCGGCCUUCGGCGACAGGUCUUACUCGCAGUUUGAUGCUAGUAUAAUGAUACUGCACAACGGAUAUAUAGAGAUCAAUCCGUACGUUUUGAAGAGAGAGUCGAGGUUCAGAAAGGGAGACACGCAUCGAUAAUUUUACCAUGAUUGUCAUAAAUACAGGCUACAAAUGGCAUUUCCCACAUGUCCUGAAAGGUCUUCGGCAAGGGAAAUCAAAGCCCGAUAAAACUAUGCACAUGAAUCAUAGAUGUGCAAUGAACUUAUACGCCUUGAAUGAUCUAUAAAGAACGUAGCGUGAUUUCUCCAACGGAGAGUUAGCUGCUGCGUCUGGUGCAAGGCGACGAAAUUCACGCCUGUAAUAGUCCUUGGAUGAAGUUUCGCAUGGCCUCUUCAUCUUCUGAAUCGUCUAGCGAUAGCUCAAGAGGCUUCGCUGCCUGGACGUCAACAUGUGUAGCUUCCUCGAGGUUUUGGUCCGACCCGUCCCAGCUUGAUCCAUACUGCCGCCAUUCUCCCAAGGUUCCCACAGAUGUUACGAGUGGCAAUGACCAUGAAGUCAUACAGGUACUGACCGUUGAAGAUGACGCUGAGGCUCGCCGCGGUAGGUACGGAUAUCAGGAAAGUCACGGUCUUCAGGCAGGGCAAAAGUCGGUUAUCCAUGAUUCGGAUGGUGCAGUUGAAUUGGAUCUGACGAAGUCGAGGGGCGCCGAUGUCUUGCAGGACUUUAGGGAUCCAUAAGAAAUUGACGUCACAUGUCGUAUCACAUUUGGAAUAGGACGAAAAGAUGGUGGUGAAAGAUGAUUCGAAUUCGUCUAUGAGUGUGGGAUC